GCACUUACAUGUUUAUGAGUUUUAACUUGCUUUAAGUUUCAAAGCUCCUACACAGUUCCAUUGUUUUUAUCUUAGUUUGUUUGUUGUUCUACAACACCAUGGCUUCUGAGGAUUCCAAACAGAAACCCCAUGUUCUAGAACAAGACAAAGGUGUGGUGGUGGUGGAGGAGGAGGAGGAGAAGGAGCUCAACAAUGAAACAAAGAACAGGAACAAGAGCAAGAAGAGAAGGAGUAGUUCUUACUUGCCUAAGUUUUGUUUUAGAAUCGAAUAUGGUGCUAAAGGGGAGGGUUUUGAUAUGGAAAUGGUGGAUGCUUCUGAUUCUCAGCGUCCCAAACCCACUCAUUUGAUCAUCAUGGUUAAUGGUCUCAUUGGAAGCGCUAAGAAUUGGAAAUUUGCUGCAAAACAGUUUCUGAAAAGGUAUCCACAUGAUGCUGUUGUACAUUGUAGUGAAUGUAACCCUGCAAGGUUGACAUUUGAUGGCGUCGACGUAAUGGGAGACAGAUUAGCUCAGGAGGUGAUUGUAGUUAUAAAACGUCACCCAAGUGCUAAGAAGAUUUCAUUUGUAGGUCACUCUUUAGGUGGAUUGGUUGCAAGAUAUGCAAUUGCCAAGCUUUAUGAGGGAGACAUUUCAACGGAAUUUUCUCAUGAGAGCAAGAAUUGUGGAGGACAAAUUGCAGGAUUGGAGCCUGUAAAUUUCAUUACCUCAGCAACACCACAUCUUGGUUCUUGUGGUCAUAAACAGUGUCCAAUGUUUUUUGGAUCGCGCCACGCUGAGAAAGCAGCAAUUCGGGCUUCGGGGCUUCUUCGUAGAACAGGAAAACAUCUCUUUUUAACAGAUGGUAUCAAUGGAAAGCCUCCUCUUCUUCUCCAAAUGGUUCGAGACUCUGAAGAUCUUAAAUUCAUCUCUGCCUUACGAUCCUUCAAACGCCGUGUUGCCUAUGCAAAUGUUCGCUACGACAAGCUUGUUGGAUGGAGUACAUCAUCUAUAAGGCGAAGAAAUGAGCUUCCAAAGCGCCAGAAUCUUUCGAGCCACGAGAACUAUCGACAUAUAGUAAAUGUUGAGACAGCAACACCUUCUUCGGAUCCCAAUCAAAUUCCUACAGAAUCCCAAGUGAAUAAUAAUGGAUCUCGUAGACUUGAUAUGGAAGAGGAAAUGAUAAGGGGGUUAACAAGAAUGAGUUGGGAGCGCAUUGAUGUGCGGUUCAAGGGUACCAUGCAGAAAUUUCUGGCUCAUAGUACCAUUCAGGUGACACAUCACCUCAUCAAUUCUGCUGGAGAAGACGUGAUCCAACAUAUGGUUGACAAUUUUCAGUUGUAGAAUUAUUCAUAAAUUUGCCCAAAUUUUUUAUUUUUUAAUUUUAUUAUUGAGGAGAAGGGUGGUGAAGGUGUUUGUGGACUUCUUCACCUUUUGCGGCUACAAAUACACAAGAAUUUGGGGGUUCCAUGAUAUUUUUGUAAAACUUAUUAGGAUUAUUAGAGAGAUGAGUAAUAUGUGUUUGAAAUUGAUGUAAAAACUUAAUAAGUGUAAUAGAAUGAGAAGGUGA